CUCUUACCACGAGACUAUUCCAUCCACGAUCCCUGUCUCUCGGAGCUCGGCAGGACACAAUGCGGCUCCCUCCGCGAGCACUUUUUCAAGACUGAGGUGCCCAAUAAGUACCAAGUCAGCCUUAUCAUUGUUUCCCCCAUGCGCCGAACCAUCGAAACGGCCCUUCUUUCCUUCGGCAACUACGCCAAGGAGCACAACAUCCCCAUCAUCGCCAACGCUGGCUGGCAAGAGAACAGCGACAAGCCCUGCGACACGGGUUCAUCCAUCGAGGAACUUUCCAAAGAGUUCCCAGAGGUAGAUUUCUCAAGAGUCGACCAAGUCUGGCCGGAAAAGAACCGCAAUUCGGAAAAGGCCAAGAAGUAUUGGUACACCAAGGAGUCAAUCAUGCAAAGAGGAGAGGACGUGUUGAAGGAGAUUGAGGCCAAGGUGUGGCCUGAGAUGGAGGACGGCAAGGCUGUUGUCGCUGUCAGUCAUUCGGGGUUCCUGAGGGCGGGAGUGACGGGGUGGUGGUUCAACAAUGGCGAUUAUCGCAUCUUUGAGUUUGAGGAGAGGGAGGUCAAGGAGGGCAGGCCGACGUUGAAGCAGAUCACGGGCGUGAAAGGCGGUAUGGGGGAGAGUUUCGAGACACCGGCGGGUCUUGGCGGGGAUUUGCCCGAGGCUGCGGUUGGAGGGUUGAGUGUUGGGUUGCCGUAAGGGUGGAAGGGGCUAAGGUGCGAGUGGGAAGGGACGAUGAAAGAAUAGGUGAUUUCAAGUUUGAAUGCGGUUAUCUUGCAAAGUUCAGUUCUUUCCAUUGUGCAAUGCCUGCCGCCGGUCUUAGCAGCACACAGCUUUGACUUGGCUUCCACUUUUCAAUAAUUCCUCCCGUCUUC